AUGUCAAAUAUAUAUGGAAGUCAACUGGAACCGUUCGAGGAGCAUCAAUCACCCUCGCCUACAGAAACCACCGACAAUCCUUACGAAACAACGUUAGCUUCUCGUUCUUCAUCUUCCCCGCGUCGAAGGGGAUCAGGUCCACCUUCACCAGUGAAUACAGUCAAUACACUUCAUCGCCAACUUUCUGGAGAUCCUGAAUCGCCUCCUCCAGCUUGGAAACGUCGACCAACCGUAUCAACUAGACAAUCUAGAAGUCCAAACCAAAACAGUAAUAUCAAUACAAACGUAGAAAAUAAACCUUACUCACCUGUGGAUGUUGAUUCCGCAUCGAUUUCAAGAAGUCCAAGAUCACCUUCUGAAACAUCUGUAAAAUCUCGUCAUUCCAUAAACAGUAAUAAUCGUAGAUAUCCACCGUCCAAUCUAACAAUGACAACUACCGCAGCUAUGCGGAACCCAGUGGGUCUACCGAAUGGCAUGUUCUUACAUGAAUCACCAAAUGGCUCUUCGACCUCUUUGCACGAUGGCGAACUGGUUUUGCCGAACCCUGCAUUCCGUAGACGAAAUGUGAAUGGAAACGGCUCAAGCUCAAAUAGAUCUUCGAUAGCUUUGAAUCAAGAUUUAAGUAGUUUGACAAGUGAAGAAUUAUGGGCGUUAGGUCAAGAUCAAGAUAUCCCAGAUAUGAGUAAUCCCAUGCGUCAAGCUGCUGAAACUCCUUUGGACACAGUAAAAAGAAUGAGCAGAAUGGUUGAUAAAUCAGAUCAGACUUAUCACGGUGGAUUACCAGGAGAUGUAAUCUGGCCUAUGGCACCACCUGUACAAGAGAUCUCACCGUCUAUCAAAUCCAAAUCUUUCACAAAUGUUGCUUCGUUGGGUAUGUCAAAUAGAAGGAUGUCGCGUCGAUCUAAAUCACGUCAAUCUUCCAUCGAUAUGACCUCGCCCAAAGAUAUCGAUGGACCUUACAACAAUGGAGGACCGAUGCCCAAUUCGCCGGGAGUCAACGGAAUGGGUGUCUUAUCUUCGGCUCAUUCGUCUUCUACCUCUUUGACUUCUCAAGCCUUACCACCUAAUAAAUCGUUUUCUAGUAUCGGAAAUCGACCUCCCUCGACCUACUACUCGAGAGACUUCUUAAGCAGUUUAGCGCCCAGAGAGGGUGGAUAUGCCAUUGCUGCACAGAUGGGUGGUGGUCUAGGUGCAGCAGGUACGAUGAGCGUGGAAGAGAAGAGGAGAAGUACAAUAGUAGAUGAUGGUAGAUCGAGGACAAUGGGUUCAAGAGCGCCACCUUCAAAAUCUGCAGGUAUGGGUAGAUGGAGUUUGGAUGGAGGCGAGAACUUUGGUCGACCUUAUGCUACUGCUUCGGCUGCGACUACCUCAUCCAACUUAUCCGCACCACCAAUCAAUUCGGCUGAACCUUCACCCACGGCGGAAGAACGUACUCGUUAUCUCCCUGAAGGUGCUUCGCCAGCUUACACUGCCCCUUCAACAUCUUCCGGACCAUCUAUACCCAUCUCUACCACACCUCCCAGUCGGUCUCCUUUAGUUCAACAAGCACCAACAGCAGAGGAACUCCCUUCACGAUCUGCAAUUCCCCCUCCUCCUCCAAUCCCCGUCAGCAACAUCGCUCCUCCACCUGCUUUGACAACCAAGAAGUCCAAGAAACAACUGGCGAAAGAUGCGAAAGCAGCUGAAAAAGCAGAGGCGGUGAAAGUUGCCAGGCAAAGAGCUGAAACCGCUCGAGCAGAGGCGUUAAGGAAACAAUCCGAAAGGGAAGAAGCAAAGAGGAAAGAGAAGGAAGAUAAGGCUAGAUUGAAAGCAGAGAAGAAAGCUGCUAAAAAGGGAAAAGGUAUUUUUGGUCUUUCCAGUAGUUCUUCAACUUCAGCUACGGCUGCGCCACCGAAAACUCAACCUAUUCAACCAAAGCAGACUGCUCCACCAGUAUCUCAGCAAAUAUCUUCUCGUAACCCACCUGCUCCUACUCCGAUUCCUAUUCCCCAGGCAACCACUGACGCUACCGAUUCAGCUCAAAGCAUCACUGGCACGCCUUUCCCUCAGCCAGCGCAAUCGUCUCAAAGCGCUUACAAAAUCCCUCUCCGCGAUACGGUUGAAACACCUCGAGCAACACAUCAUUCGAUGCCGCUCAAUGCCACUGCUCCCGCAAACAAGCCUCCUACCCCAUCCUCCUCGACCCGACCGCCUAUAGAACCAAAACGUUCAUUAUUCGGUACCAUGAAAAAGAGAUUCUCCUUUGUUGGUGGAUCCGACUACAAAGGAGCUCAAUCCAAUAGCAGUGCUCCACCUGUGCCAAAGCUUCCACCCACCCCUUCUUCCCCGGUGGUGUCAAAGGAGCGAACUGACAUAGUGACAUCACCUGCCUCAUCGAAUGCGACUGCUCUUCCACCUCGAGGUGAAUCAUUAACAGCAUCGACUUCGAUUAGUCAAGCCAUCAGACCUGAAGAUAAUGGUUCUAUCUCUGACCCAAACGUACAAUCACCCUCAUCACCCAAUUUCAACCUCGCCAAAACCAUUUCUCGUGAACAAGCAUCGUCAUCACCUUCUCGCAAGAGAAACUCGCUACACGGACCUAGACCAAUGCCUGACAACAAAUCAAGGCCCACAUCGGUGAUGACUCAUUCGUCAGAACUUGCUGGACAUGGUCAAAAUCAAACUCAAGAGAAUUUCGGACCUGUGACACCUUCAACCUCAGGUGAUUCAGGUUCAUACAUCCAAUCUUACGGUUCGCAUAUGACUUCAAUCACCCCAAUCACUUCACCUGAAGAUGACAAUUCAUUCAACAAUAACAGUACCAACGAAGAUUUCGAACAAGAUCCUAAAAGAUUAGGAAGUGGUGAUUCAAAUAAAACCAUUCAUGCUGGAACUACAAAUCCAGUCCAACCAAUUCUGGCUUAA